AUGAGUAGGAAAGUCGACAGUCGUGUGCUUCUGUGGCUCUUUGGCUUCCUGGUUGCCCCGGUGACUGGCUGCCCCGCUGGUUGUCACUGCCUGGAGAGAAAUGGACUCAUGGUGGUCCAGUGCACCUCUCGUAACCUGGAGAAGAUCCCUGAGGAUCUUCCCAGAGACACGGUGGUCCUGCUGCUCGCCUUCAACCGCAUCACCCACAUCCCAAAACAAGCCUUUAAAGAGCUGAACUACCUGCAGGAGCUGGACUUGUCCCACAACGUCAUCGAGACGGUGGAUGUCGGGGCGUUCCAGGGCGUCUCCGACAGCCUGCUGUUCCUGAACCUGGCGGAUAAUCACAUCCACAGUGUCCCCAAGGAGGCGUUCGCCCGCCUCCGAGCCAAGAUCAGCCUCUCCAACAACCCGUGGCACUGUGAGUGCACGCUGCAGGAGGUGCUGAGGGAGCUCCAGCUGGACCCGGAGACUGUCAACCAGGUCUUCUGCCACACGGCCGUGCAGGAGGAGUACGCGGGCAAGCCCGUCAUACAGGUCCUGGACUCUGGGAUCAACUUCUGCAACUUCCAUCACAAGACCACAGACGUGGCGAUGUUCGUCACCAUGUUCGGCUGGUUCACCAUGGUGAUCGCCUACGUCAUCUACUACGUCAGGCACAACCAAGAGGACGCCCGGCGCCACCUGGAGUACUUGAAGAGCCUGCCCAGCAGCUCCCAGAUCAGCAAAGACUUUGACACCAUCAGCACUGUUCUGUAGCGGCCAGAGGAAAAAAAAAGUGAAAAUGUCUUAAAUAAUAAAAUAACUUUUUUUUUUUAAUAAAAAUAAAUUUUGAAUUCUCUGCUUUCCCUGAAUUUUGUGACAUUUUUUAAACCAAUGUUCUUCUUUUUUUUGUAAUGAAUAUUAUGGCAAAGGUGUUACAAGUGUUUUCAUUGUUGAAAUGAAUGUGAUUUUACUUUAGGAAUUCUAUGGUCAAUGAAUAAUUAAUUUACGAAAAAAUCACACCUUUUGAGGUUUAAU